GCGAGCCACCAGUGACGUGACAUCACCCACGGAGCCACAUCCGCUCUUGAAAGUAACCCUUUUCAAAUGAAACUUUUCACGCGCGACGAUCAUUGAUUGUCGGGAGCAAAAAAAAACAAACAAAAAAAGAAGUUUUGGAUUUAAAAAGCACGAGCCACUUUUGUCUUUUUUUGUUGUUGUUGUUGUUGCCACAUGCUCUCAAGAUGAUCCGGACUGACGCGGACCGAAGCAGCCCAACCCUCCGGCACCGGUCGAGCGGCCGGCCCAGAUAAGCCCCCUCCCGCCCCCAAUGAGGUGAAAACCCUCCACGUCCGGGAGAAUCCCCCACCCCCCGCCCCCCGCUGAAUACGGCAUGUCGCGGCUCUUCCUGCUUUUGGCAAUGCUCCUCGUCUCCGGCAGCAUCCAGACGUCCCCCGCCGUCACCAUGGAUAAGCUGCACGAGAGCUGGAAGUUGUACAUGGACGAGUGCGAGCGCAACAACACCAGAGCCCCGCCGAGCGCUGUGCUUGUGUGCAACAGAACCUUUGACAAGUACGCCUGUUGGCCCGACGGACUACCUAACACUACGGUCAGCGUGUCGUGUCCCUGGUAUCUGCCGUGGUACCAUAAAGUUCAGCAUGGCCUGGUGUACCAGGAGUGCGACGCUAAUGGCCAGUGGCUCACUAUGAAGAACACCAGCGAGUGCGACUCCAACAACCCCAGUCAGCAGUACUAUGGCCACAUUCGGAUCAUGUACACAGUUGGAUACUCCCUAUCACUGGUGGCUCUGGUGUUGGCUCUGAGUAUUCUCAUAUUCUUCAGGAAGCUGCACUGCAUGAGGAACAACAUCCACAUGAACCUCUUCGCGUCCUUCAUCCUGCGAGCGUUGUCCAUCCUGAUCAAAGACGCGCUGAUGGAGGCCAACAUCACGUCGCAGGACCUGAGCCGGGACCAGGAGCAGGGGUUAUCCCGGGCCUCCGUGUCGCCCGUGGACCUGCUCGUCAACAAUGAGAUAACCGUCAGCUGUCGCGUGGCGGCGGUGAUGAUGCAGUACAGCAUCUUGGCCAACAGCUACUGGCUCCUGGUAGAAGGCAUCUACCUCCACAACCUGCUGGUCAUCACCGUCUUUACAGAGAGGAACUAUUUCCAGAUCUACCUGUGCAUCGGCUGGGGUACACCGUUAUUAUUCCUCGUUCCCUGGGUGAUCGCUAAAUAUCUCUACGAGAAUCAUGAGUGCUGGGGCCAGAAUAUAAACAUGAACUACUGGUGGAUCAUACGUUCGCCCAUACUCGUGGCAGUUGUGAUCAACUUCCUGAUCUUCAUCCAUAUCAUCAAAAUUCUCGUGUCCAAACUGAGAGCGCAUCAGAUGCGAUACACAGAUUACAAAUUCAGGUUGGCCAAGUCCACCCUCACCCUCAUCCCUCUGCUGGGCAUCCAUCAGGUGGUCUUUAUUUACGUGACGGACGAGGCCACCGAAACCACCAUCGGUCUGCGACUCACCAAGCUGGUCAUUGACCUUUUCUUCUCCUCCUUCCAGGGUCUCCUGGUGGCCAUCUUGUACUGCUUCGUCAACAAAGAAGUUCAGUCGGAGGUCCUGAAGAAGUGGAAGCGCUGGAAGCUGGGCCGACACAUCGAGGAGGAAUACCGCCACACGUACAGCAACACGCCCAACACCAAGACGGCCAGCCUGCUCAACCACGUCUCCCAGCGGACGCCCCGGCUGGCCGACGCUCCCGCCGAGCCGUCGACGCCCGUCUGCGGCCCCGAGGAGAGGCACGCCCUGGUGGCCAACGGCGAGGCGGCGGGCCGGCAGGAGGGCGCGAUCGGUGACCGCCCCCCGGCGGAGGACGCGGGCCUUCCGGACGGGGCCGAGAGCGAGCGCGCCGAGAGCCGCCACUGACUCGGAGCUUUCUCGAUCCCGUGCCGAGCGGCGAGGGCGGACGCGGAGACGAGUCGCACGCGCGCCGAGCGCCGCGUGGCGGUCCGUCUCGGCGUAUCUCAAGGCGCACGAGCCGUGUAAAAUAAUACGACGCCGGAAACCUCAGACAGCGACUUGAUGGUAAACAACUUCGUACGAGCUUCUGCUUUUGUUUGUUUGUGCGUGUUGCAGUCGCAGAGGUCAACCUGGACGCACGGCAAACAAUCCAGGAUGGAAGCUGAAGUCGAGCGCAGACCUCCGCCAAGGCCCCGAUCGGAAGACUCCUUCAAAUCCACCUUUGGUCUCCCACUUUUUGGACGUCCUACAAAUGUACUGAGUGUGAGCCGCAAACGUUCUAAGGGCACUCUGAUCAAAGUUCAGUCAAUGUGACCACGAGGAGUGGCAAUGCCGACUUCAUAUUUUGGGUUGAUAUUUUUUUCAAUCUUCUUGAGCUAUACUUUAAAAAAAAAAAAAAAUAUUGACUCAUUGGUUCGAUGCAGUUGCACAACAAUGAGCUUUUUUUCCAUUUGAACUUUCUUUUAAGGAACAUGUUUUUGUAAGAAUGAUCACGGAAAAUAGUUUUUUAAGGAUCCACAGACACUAACGCCUGAUACAUAAAAUCUUUCACAAAGGUAAAAUCCUCAAAAAUGAGAAAAAUGUUGGCUCCAUUAAUUUUUUUAUAAUUAUUAGGAAUUAGAUUACUUAGGAUAAGUAUGGAAUAUUUUUUUUUAAUGAUCCACUGCCUGAGAACAUAAAAUUGUCCCCCAAAAAAUGUUAAAAUUAGUAAUGCUAACAUGUAGCCACCUAGCAUUGUGACAUCAAAUGUGUGAUGCAACCAAGAAAUUGAAUUGAGGUGGAAUUAAUUCAGGAAAAUAUAUUUUUUUAAGGAUCCACGGAUAUGCUGUCUUGCGCUAGCUACAGCUAGAUAACAUUGCGCUGACCCAAACGCAGCGAAGUUUUCUUUAUCAUACAUUUGUGCAUACCUAAAUAACAAUAAAGUCUUAAGAUAUGUCAAACCUCCUGAUGACAUAAAAUACUAUAAAACAUCUGGUAAAAUUAGAAAUGCUAACAUGUAGCCACCUAGCAUUGAGAGAUCAGAUAUGUGACGCAACCAGGAAAUUGGCUUAACACGGCUUUUUGGCGGUGCCUUGACCGUGUAGGCUCACUUAAAAAAAAAAAGAAUUUUUCCGGACAAAUAAGGCUGAUUGCGGUCUGCUGACGUGGCGCAAGCGUGCCGCCUUCAUGGGAAAGUGGCAGCUGCUCUGGCCCAGGUCAUUCCUGGUUUACAUGUGGAACGCCCCCCCCGAAAGAGGUCAAGGAAGGCUAUGGGCUGAAUUAUAAAUAACACAUCAUUGCGUCUGCAGCCCUCAAAGUGAUUCUGCUGCUAAAUCCCAUUUGCGCGGACUAAACUAGUGGGACUCCUGGCGAGUGCACAUUCAGGGAGUGAAAUAGCUCAAAAAUGUGAAGUUUGCUCACAUCGCCAAUCAAAUUCAUCUCAGAGGGUUGCGAGUUCUUUCACACCAAACUCACACAAGCAGGACUUUGUGUUGCACAAAUAAAGGGCCUUCCCAAAAACUGCUCCGCUCGGGUCGCAAAUCUGCCGCCCCCCCUCAAAUUGACGACGUGCCACAAUUAGUUUCUCAUCCACUUAAGACAAAUAAACGCCUCCCUCAAAUAGAAGCCAGGCCCCGAUGAGUCGCCGGGUGCGUGAGGCACUCUCGACAAAUAAACGCCUCCCUCAAAUAAACAACUUGCUCCAAUUAGUCACCCAGUGAGUCAUCCAUUUGAGACAAAUAAACACCUUGCCCCAAUUAGGUGCCUGGUGCGCUAUUGGCUUUCGGCAAAAAAUGUCUCCCUCAAACAGGCACCGCGCACAAAUUAGUCACCAGGUGUUUCAUACGACAAAUUAACACCUCCCUCAAAAAAAACGCCUUUCCCCAAAUACUUACCUGGUGUGUCAUCUGCUUAAGGCAAAAAACGCAUCCCUCAAAUGUUUCAUCCGCAAACACCUCCCUCAAAUAAACACCGUGGCAGGUGCGUCGUCUACUUGAGACAAAUAAGCCGCUCCCUUAAAUCGACAAAUUGCCCAAUUAGUCACCUGCUUCGUCAUCUCGUCGAGACAAAUAAACGCCUCCGUCAGCCGCCACUCUAAUCACGUAAACGUGCUCGAGAAAAUUGAACGAUUGCGUCCAGCCCAACUCUUGGCUGAUUGAUUACUUAGUGCUAAAGAUGUCCCAAUACUUUUGUCCUCGGCACGUUAUUUCGCGGUAGCGUUGGCGUAGUUGCGUCCGUGUUCAAAUCAAGACUCCAAAUGCACAAAGUGUUGGCGGCUAAAGGUGUUUUCGCUGAAGUUCAGGCUGUCGCCCAGAUCGCCGCGUCGGCGUCGUCCGCGGGCGGUCGGUGCUAAAACGCCACAUCCUGUCACGAAAGGGUUACUAAACCACAACGCGCGCGGCCUCACUUUCUCCUCAGGGGCCGCCGCGGACACUUUAGAACAAAGCUCGAGAAACAAAACAAAACAAAUGGACUUUUUUGGUACGUUUCGUUUUUGUGUGUGCGUGCGUAAGUGAAUUGAGUGUGACUGUUUGCACAGUGUUGCGUAUUAAUUUAUCAUGCAGCACUUUCGCCACUCACUUCAUUAGGUCCACCCGCACCAUCCAAUGAGAUUAUAGUUUCCAUUGAGCUGUUCAAAAUGCGAUGAUGAAACAUGUCUAUUGGCAAUGACGGGCGUUCUUCUUCUUCCCCAAAAAAGGCAAAACAAGCCUGUUUACAAUCGCAUUUUAACUUCAUUUAUCCAUGUUCGCACGAUUCUUUUUUUAUAGUGGAGAAUCCAGAUCGCACCUCAUUGUGAUCGACGAUUACCAUAAAGUCGCAAUCGGACGGAAAACCUCAAAUGUCCAAAUAUGCUCAAGUUCAUAUUUUUUCACGAAUCGAUACGAUUGGUCUGCCCGCAUGUCAGUGGUCUGCUAUUUUGAUGCAUUAUUAACCAAUUCAAGGUGUGGAAAAUAGCUUGAGAACAAAUCGAUAAAACGCUAAAAAGUGCUGCGGGAGCCGUGUUGUGGUACGUCGCCUCAAGAUUGAAAGUCUGGUUGUGUGUUUUAGACCAAAACAAGUGGAAAUACUCAGAUUAGAUACAUUUAAGUAAGUGUUUUUGUUACAAAUGGAUAGUGUAAUGCUUCGGUACAGAAUGGAGGGGUCAACCAUGAAGGUAAAUUCGUGUUAUUAGAUGGUGCAGGUGUACCAAAUUAAGUGUCGGGGGUGCGCGCGCGCACCCAUAUUUCUACUAUUGGCUUGCUGCUGUGUGCUCGUGUGGACGAAUUCAGUAUUACAACUUCGCAGAUCGGGCUGGAAUACUGUGCACAGCAUCGAACAUUUUCACACCACGGUGCUGCUGCAUGGAGGCACUGCGUUCCGUUUUGACGUUGUGCAAUAUUCAAGUCACAAAGCAUUUUAUAUAUAUAUAUAUAAAUAUAUAUACACACAUACACACUGUCGGUGGGGUCAAUGUGUACUUUUAUUGCAGAUGAUAAAUAAGCUGUGACCUGGUUGUUGUUGUUGUUGAGUCACUUCCCCUGUGGUUGUACAGUAUUUGAAUAUUCUCUAAAAUGUUUCUCUUCAAAGUGUACAGUAUAUUUGGUGUGAUUGCUCAGGUGUAAACGGUCGAUCAUUAUACUGUUUGUGCGUGUGUUUAUAUUGUGUCAGAAAUGGUGGAAGAAGAAUAAAAUCGAAGCGUCUAAUGA